AUGCAGAAACUAAGAGCAUUUUCAAGAAACUCGGGCUUCGGAUCACAUUCGCCGUCUCCCGAGCCUAGUCAAUAUACAUCUCCAUCUUUUGAUGAUAGCGAGGCUCCUGGCUCACCUACUCCGAUGACAAUGGAGGGUAAAGGAGAAUUGAGUCCUGAGAUGGCUCCUAUAGUGACGCUACUUUCCGCCCAAGCCAACCGGAAAUACCAUGAAGGUUUUUUUAUGCUAUUGAAAGACCUCAACUCCGCUGGUCAGCCAGCCGAUAGACGCUGGGUGGAGGUUUAUGCAAUACUCAUUGGCAAUGAACUUUCCUACUGGGAUGCUUCUAUUAUGAAGAAUGGUGAUCUUAAUACAGAAAAUAAACCAUCCUAUAUAAACUUCUCUGAUGCGGUCAUAAAGCCUAUGGUAUCUCUUCCUUCUAGUCAGGGACCUAUGGCUAAUGUCAUCAUUGUUUCCACUACUCUAAAGAAUCGUUUUAUUCUUCAAUUUUCGUCAACUGAACAGUUUCGUCGCUGGCAUAGUGCUCUCAGGUUGGCUGCUUUUGAGUACAAGUCUCUUCAGGAGGCAUAUACUGCUGCACUAUUGUCUGCGAGAGGUUCACUUCUGUCCAAUAUUCGUGUCAUAUUGGCUGAAACUAAAUUUGCUCAUGAAGACUGGACCAGUGUUCGGUUUGGUACGGGAAUGCCCUGGAAGAGGUGUUACUGUGUUAUAGAGCCUCCAAAAAAACGAUCCAAGAAGCACAAGACAGGGGAUAAAUUUCAGGGUCAUGCAGUGUUUUAUGAGAGUGAAAAGAAAAAUAAGAAGUUGAUUAUGGCAACAAUUAUGUCUGCAGAGAGUGUUUACGCCGUGUACCCACGUAACUACACAGUCAUUGAUCAUAGUACUAUGCUUAAGCUUGACGGUGAGAUACUGUUUGAGAAAAGCGAAGGUUCAAAACGUUGUUCCAUAUUUAUGAUGCCGGAACAACAUUCUGCCGUUCCAGGUUAUGAUACUUUGAUCCGGUUUUUGAUUCCUCUUAUGGAUGCCUUCAAACUAUAUGGACGUCCUCAGAGGAUGAAUGCCGAUAAGACAGAUCCUCAUUCGCUUCUUUUUGCACUUCCAGUGCUUCCCAAUGUUCAUUACUUGGAGACACAGGAUAUUAUGCAACUUACUUCAAGUGCUUCUUCAUUGGCGUGGGAUAUUCCGCAAUGGGACACCUCUAUAAAGCAAAUUAUACAGGUCAAGAUGAGUAAAGGGUAUACUGGUUGUGGAUCUGCUGAUGGUGUUAUCGGUGCUGUCAACUUUUUAGAUGCUUCCAAGGAUAUGGCUUCCGGAAAGAUACGCACAAUCUCAGCCUCUUCGACAGCAGCAAGACCUAAAAUGCUUAGCAGUAAGCUUUCGCUGAUGAGUUCAUCUCAGUCCUCCAUUGGCACCUCUUUUGCUACCUCGUCUGAAACUGCAGAGAAAUUUGAUCAUGCUACUGUCCCGAGAAUACAAUUGGGUGAUGAUGGUAACAAUGGGGAUGAGAAUAACUCGGUGGUUCAGACAAAGUCCAUUUUAUCUACUCAUCCACUUCCGAACUUACCUGCAUUUGAUAUGUAUCCCGAGAGUGGUGAACGGGAAGCUCAGCAGUUUGAAAGUAUGUAUCCAAUUGAAAGUGGGAAACCUAAUUUAGAAUCCCCUGACAGGAAAUUGGAUACCAAGCAUCACUACCAGACUACUCAGCAUUCCCCCACUGCAUCCGAUCGUAGCUCACUUGAUGCUCGCGCAUCAUAUCUCUCCUCGCAAGAAGGGACACGGGCUUCGCACUCUAGGGCAUCUGGUGAAGGCGGCAAGAUUGUGAGUAUCUAUAAGAAAUAUGCGCAAUUACCACCUCCUGGCGACAAGACUCUAACUAACCUUACCGGUGCUCUUUCUUUAGAUUCUAAAGGUGACGCUUCUAAAGAUGCCGAGGAGGAAGAUUUAUAUCCCCAGGACGAGAGCAGUCCCGAUAUUCCUGCUGAAUGGAAGCAAUCCGACCAAUUUGGCGGUCCUUCUUCUGCAGAUAAAUAUCAUUCUCCUAACAGACUAUAUCCGGAGAAUCGGGAGUCCGCUGAAUCUAGUGGUUCCAAUGGGGCCUCUGAUGAUUCUGACUUUCAGCUCCCUGUGUUGAAAAGUAACCAGACCGGGAUGCUCUCACCUUUUACAGAAUUCCAUGAGUCUUUUAACCAUUCCAUGAAGGACAAUUUGAAAUAUCCAAACAAUUUCAACCGGAUACCUGCUUCAAUAGGCGCUGCAACGUCUUUACAUUCUCAAAUUUUGCCUAAACAGCAGAGGUCAGAAGGAUCACCUGGCAAUGCUGCUCCUUCUCGUCAAUCUGCACAACAGAUGCAAGAGCUGCGUUCGGCAGCAAAGCAUAAGCUUCAAAGGAGGGCACCACCUUCCAUGGAGGGACGUGCACCUGCACAUAACGUUGCUCCUCAAAGUAUUGUAUAUGAAAAGCCUCGAAAUCCAUAUCUAAAAACUACCGGCAAUGGGAGUUCAUCUUCUCUUGGAUAUCACACACCUGUGAAUCAGCAGCAGCCACCUUCUAAUCCACCACCUCUCGAACAGGAGGCUCCGGGUCAUAACCUUACUGCUGAAGCAAGAAAUCUGCGGAUGCCUCCAUUGUUUGAUAACUACUCUGGAGAUGCAGACCCUCGAUAUAAUCAUACUACUGGCCCAAGUCCUCAAAGUGGCUCUUAUGGCAGGGCGAAUCAAGAGCCAAGCAGAAAUCGAAAUUAUUGGCCUUCUGCCAAACAGCAGGAACAGCAAAUGCAACAACCUCGGCUCGACAAUAAUGGGCUCGUUCAAGCAGGACACGUGUACAACGAUAACUCUCCUAGGCUGCAACAACGCCAGGCUCAGGCUCAGGCUCAGGCUCAAAUGGAGGUACAUUCUCAGUCCCAGCAGCUGCGCCAACAGCAGCCAUCACAGCAGUAUCAGCAUUUUCAACAGAACCCACAGCAACAUGAAAAACAAAAUUACCAAUAUCAGGACCCACAUCAAGUGCAGUAUCCAGAUAAUCCUUAUAUGCAAUCACCCGGUACUCCACACCAUCAUAAUCAUCAUGUGCAGAACCCGUAUGACUCUCCUCAGAGACUGGCGACACAACAAGUCCAGCAAUCCUCCACGCAGCAAAAAGCAUACACUGCUGGCGGUAAGGGGCCUUAUGCACACGCCAAUUUUACCAAUAAUGCAAGUCAAGGCUACACUAAAAACCCAUACGCAGGUUAA